CUGAGUUCUGAAUUCGAAGUUGUUUCAUACGCAUUCUCUCGACAUCUGUGGCGAUGGAGGAGGAUUUCGAGUUCCCAACUGAGGGUAACAUGGAGAUGGAAGAGGAUAAGAUGGAGAGCCCGAUUCUCAAGGUUGGGGAGGAGAAGGAGAUUGGGAAGAAUGGACUCAAAAAGAAGCUGGUCAAGGAGGGUGAAGGAUGGGAAACACCUAACACUGGAGACGAAGUUGAAGGUAAUGCCAUUCUUAAUAUCUUCCUCCUUUUACGUUAUGUAACUUAUCUCAUUUUCUCUCACUUCGAUUUUCGCACCCCACUUUUUUUUUUUUUUCUUUUUUCUUUGUAAUGGUGAGACCCAUCCAUUUUCUCUCUACCACAUAAGAUAACUACCACGUAAGGAGAUUAAUAAAACCCAUAUUUAUAACCGAUAUUUGUACAUGACAAUAUUACUGAAGACCGAGUAGUCAUAAAGUUGAAGUAGUCGUAAACUUUAUUUUCUUUUUGUAGAGGGGAAUGUUGCUUCUGCUGAAGUAUCAGUAGUCCUGGAAUCUAUUCGUGGCGUAAAGGUUAAAUGUAGAACAAGAGAGCCUGAAUAACAACACGCUAAUUAAGAGGUUAUUUAAUUUUUCCAUUUCCUUAUUGAAAGGACCAAGUUACGGUAAGGGUACUCUCUCUAGGUUUUCUAAUUUGACAUUUUGAGGCAGUUGCUACUUGAUGUUCCAGGAAACGUUGAUAUGGUCAUAUAUCCCUAUUAUGUGAGAAGAUCCCAACAUAAGUUUAAUUAAUUGGCACUCAUUAAGUCUCAAAAAAUGUAAUCCAGUUGCUGGUGACAAUUUGUACAUAUAGGGAGAGUUUGGUAUAGGUAUUUGGUAUGGAAUGAUAGGGAAAGUGAGGUGAAGAAUAUUUAAUUACCAUUUUUUGUGUGGGUAUCGUGAAAAAAAUUUAGCAAAUAAUUUCCCCAGAUAUUUUUCUUUUCAACUACACAAAGGAAAAUAAUUAUAUGUUAAGUCAAAUAAUUAUUCCAUCAAUAUUUUAUCAUCAACCAAAUAUAGUAUCAGUAAAAUGAACCAAAUUUUGCCAGCAAAAUUUUGGUCAACCAAACACUUUUUCGUAACUUACUCGGGAUAAAAAAAUUUCUACCAAAUCCUCAACCAUUUUUUUUUUGAGGUAAAAAAAAAUAUUUCUUGUACCAAACACCCCCUUAAUAGUUUAAAGAGAAACAGUUCGGCAUUGGUAAAAUAUAAUUGUAUCAAUUAUCAUCAUGCUUUAAAAAAUAAGGUACACUUAUCCUUUCCCUUUUUUUUUAAUUUUUUCUAUUAAAUUAAGGUUUCUCAAUCACUUAAAGGUUUGGUAUCCUUGCAUUUUCGAUUAUUGAAUUUUGUUUAAAUUUAUUUAAUAACAGCCAAAUGAUCAUUAAUAUUGUUAAUUAGGCAGAAAUAUUUGAUUUACUUGGUUACCAGAUUCGGCAGAGGAAAUUAAGAAUGGGCUGGAUAUCAAUAUAUGUAUGGGCUGGAAGUGGCUCAUGUUAUAGUUUAGUGCUUAAAAUAGUAGCUUGUUUUUGGGCCCUUGGGGAUGUUUGGAAUCCCAUUGAAACCGGUUUUGUCUUUCACUCUAUUAAAUAGUUCAUGUUAAAUAUUUUUCAAAUGCUGCCAACCAAAAAAAUAAAAAGUGGUGUGCUGUAGAGGCAAUUUCAUUUUCAUUCAGAAUUUGUUGUCUGUACUAUAUGUUCUGUCUCUAUAGUUUGCUUAGAAGUGGUUUCCCUAAAACUAAUUGCACCGUGAAAUUUGGUCCUCACGGACAAAGCUAACAAAACCUGCUUCAUUAGUCUAUUUUCCACUAGACAAACAUCUUUCUUCAUCAACAAUUGAAAUGUCAUUUUUAAGUAAACUCUAGUGUGACAAAUUCUGUUUUUUGGUUCUUCAUUAGCCAACCUGACCCUCCUCUCUCAAAAUUUCUUUGGUGCUACAGAUGCACCGUAAAUUCGGUGCAUCUUCUAUUUAUAUUGUGACACGUGUUUUACUUUUGUCAAAUCAAUAAUAAAUAAUUUAUUUUAAAAUUAAGAGAGAGAAUGAUUUGAUAUAAAAUAAGACACGUGUCACAAAAUAAGUGAAAGAUGCACCAAAUUUUCGAUACAUCUGUAUUAGCAAAGAUAUUCUCCUCCUCUCUCUUCAAUUCACUCUUUUUUGAAAAGUUUGGUGUGAGAAUGUAUUAUGUUGGGUCCUUUUACAGCUGUCUUCCCUUCUUAUAACCCAAAUCUUUGUUUUCAUCCCCACAUUCCCUACCCUUUGCACAUUACAUUGUCUAAUAUCCACUCCUCAAUUAUGCACUUCCCCCACCACUACCUGCACCUUAUCUGUAACAAUGUCUCCUUAUACUUGUGUAAUAUUGUGACACUACUUCUGAAUAGUGCUAAUAGUACAUGUUCACAUACUCAUAUCUGUGUAGUUGAUGUGACGACUUUGCAUACAUAAAGUGUAUAAGUGUACUCUCUACAUGUCCCCUUACGUAUAGAACAGAAAGCUGACUUUAGACUUAGGACCAAUGGUACAUGAUACAAUGAUAUGACAAGUGGUGCAAGGCAAUGCCAUACUCAGAUAUCUAUUUCUAUCUUCUUCAAGAAUUUAGUAUUUGCAAACCAUACGUAUGCCACAUAAUAUAUAUCCUGACCCUGUAGGUCACUCUUUGGAAUAAUAUUUAUUUGUAUACCAUGUUUCAAUUAAAAUUUGUCAAAAUGUCACGUCACAUUUUCAUUAUGCCAACAAUGAAGAAUGGACUGGACACGUGGUAGCGUCUGCAUAGGCGGCCAUUCUCGCUCAACAACCCAGCGAAAAUGGCAGGAUACUGACACGUGAUAAAAGUAUAGGCAUUCUCUCUGGGCAGCCAUGAUUAUAUCCUGACCCUCCAUGAGCAAAUUGACAAGCACAUAUAAAUGAAGGGCUGUUGUUGCUUGCUAUGAUUGCCAUUUCAUGAUUAUAUCAGAGCUCAGUGAAGGACAGUGCUGUCAUUUCAAACCCAACAGACAUAUGAACAUGCCAGCUACAGUUGGAAAAGAGAGAGAGAUUGAGAGAAAAUAAAAAAAUGAGAGGACCCAUGAAGCUAAGAGGAAUUGCUUAUUAUUCAUUCAGAGGCUCUCCUGAUGAAAACAAAGAGGAAUUGCUCAUUAUUCAUUCAGAGGCCCACAUUUGGAACAGAAUAGACUCAUCAUGAGGAUUGAGUAAGAUGAAAAAUAUGAAUGAUUGCAGUUGCAUCCACAUAAAAAUCAUAUCCACUUCACAAGAAGUUUUGAGUGCUAGGAAUUUCUGCUCUUUCAAGAGGAAAGAAUCUUGAUAUCUGUGUACAUUUACUAAUGAAAUCAAUCCAAAGUUCCACAUUCUUGGGGUUUGGAUAACAGAUAUUAUAAAGAAUGUUUGCUGGUUUCAAGGCUAUUCCAUCUAAAUUUAAUGAGAGCAGUGCGCUUGUUCCCAUGCACCGAGCUCUCUGAAACGGUGGCUCUUGUCCUUUUUAAAGAAUUUACGGGAUCUCAAAAAAAGGAUCACAAAGAUUGAGGUUGACCUAUGUGAUAUUGUUAAAUGGCCAAGAAGAAGAGCUGGUUUAAUCUGGUGAAAAGGCUUUUUAUAUGGGACACACAUUCCACACAAGAGAAGAAGGAGAAAAGAAGGAAAUGGAUCUUUGGAAGGCUAAAGACCAAGAGAUUACCUUCAAUUACAGCUCCACCUUCAUCACUAGAAACCAUUGCCUCAGCUGAAGCUGCUGCUGGUACAGCUGAUCAGGUUGUUCAGCUCACUGGAGUCUCACAAUCAGCUCAUCAAUGUGAAGAAAACUCAGAAGAAUCUCAACCUGUUAAAACUAUAGAUGGUGCUCCUUCAUCCACAUACCAAUGCCAGAGGGAGAUUAAAGAAUCUGCAGCCAUCAAAAUUCAAACUGCAUUUCGGAGUUACCUAGCAAGGAAGGCUUUGAGGGCAUUGAAGGGAAUAGUGAAGCUUCAAGCUAUCAUUCGUGGCAGAGCAGUAAGACGCCAAGCUAUGAGUACUCUGAAGUGCUUGCAGUCCAUUGUAAGUAUCCAGUCACAGGUCUGUGCAAGGAGACUCCAAAUGGUUGAAGGGAGAUGGGAAGAGGUGCAAGAUUCUAAAGACAAGAUAAUAAGGAUGGACUCAAACAGUGAGAGAAAGUGGGGUGACAGCACUAUAUUGACAGAAGAGGUAGAUGCCUCUUGCAUGAGCAAGAAAGAUACAGUUCUUAAGAGAGAGAGAAUAAAAGAAUACUCGUUUAACCAUAGAAGGUCAGCAGAGUCAGAAAGGAGUAAAGUCAAUGGAAGAUGGAGGUACUGGCUGGAGCAAUGGGUAGAUACACAACUUUCUAAAAGUAAAGAACUUGAAGAUUUAGACUCAGUUUUCAGCUCACAUUCUAGAGCUAGAGAGGAAUAUGGAGGAAGACAACUUAAGCUGAGAAGUACUCAGAGACAAAAUCUAGUUGAAGGAUUAGAUUCUCCAAUACUUGCUUCAAGAAAAUCUUUUCCUCACAGGAGGCAGUGUUCAGUGGGAGAAGACCACUCAUUUUCAAGCCCUCUUGCAACUCCAGCAUAUAUGGCUGCAACUGAAUCAGCAAAAGCAAAAGCAAGAUCAACAAGCUCCCCAAAAGUAAGGACAGGGAAUUUAGACACAAACUCUGAUAGCUAUUCACCAUGCAAGAAAAAGCUAUCAGUUGUAUCUUCUAAUAAUAGUGAAGUGCUUAUUAGUGGUAGGAUGGGGAAGCUUAGUAGUACUCAACAAAGAUCUCCAAGCUUUAAGGGCCUUUCAGUGCCUAUAAAAUCAAGCAGGACUAUAAAGGAUCUCAGCAUUAAUUCAGACUGUUCACUGUCCAAUUGGGAUAGACAAAGUUCCUUCAAAUGAAGCUGUAGAUGUUGAUGUUGCUUGCAGUAAUAUAAAUCCUUGUAUCAUUAGAGGGCUUGAAAUGUUUAUAACUAUGUAUGAUGUAUAUGUGAUUGGAUGUUGUUUUGGUUGAGAAUUGAACUUGAAUGUGACAGAAAAGUUGUUAAUUUUUUCAUUGAUUUGAUGAUUUGUUGUAUGCUCUAAGCCUUG